AUGCCAGAAUUGCGAUCGGGCAUUUUCCUCAAUAAGAUCACUUCAGUGUCAUGUCAAAGUGCACAAAUUCAUCCGUGUAGAACCGAAGGAUGCGAUGUCGUUGUAGAAUCCAUGUUAGAAGGCGAGAAUCACGCAAUAACGAACCACUUCACUGACGGAAGCGUACAAUUGAAGUGUCGAGAGUGUUUCGAAACAGUGACAUCUUUUCGUAAAAUGCUCCUGCAUCAUACUUUCAAACACGGAGAGUUGAAAACCUAUGCAGAAGAAAUGACCGAAAAGCAAAGAAAGUUUCUCCGAGAGAAAAAGAAUCAGAGUCGAAAAGAGAAGAAAUCAACAACAGGCGUCGGUAGUUCAACAAGCGCCAAAGAAGACGAUUUUGAGCAUGAGAUCGCUAAAAGUUUGGUAGAUGGCUGCUUAGCUGAAAAUUCGCAAACGGAAGAAAAUGAUGACGAGAAUAUGAUUCUGGAGCAGGUGCAGAUUGCGUUGGCUGGCACCACAGAGUCGAACACUAAAAUGAUCGAAAAACUUUCGGAUGUCAUAGCCGAAUUAUUUCCGCGGACUUCAAAAGAGCAAUAUCAAUGCUUGCAUUGCAUGCUGGGAUUCACUGAUGCAAUUCUAUGGAUGACUCAUCUCGGAUAUCAUGAUGUGGAAAAUCCAUUCAAAUGUUCAGGCUGUGGUCGGCAAUUCGAAAUCGAGGUGUUGUCGGAGUCGAAAGAUUUAUCGAAAUUAGUAAGAGAGAUGACAGAUUCCAGAUAUAAAUCAAGCUAUUUUCUUCAGAAUAACCAUUCCAAAUUGAAUAUAAGCAAAGCAGAAAUCGAUGCCAUAAUGUCCAGAAUGAUUCAAAAGACACAAGUCAAAGUUCAAGAAAAGACGAACCAUCUGAUCAAAGAAAAUCAUAUUCUGGAGCAAUUCGACGAACUUGAACAACUAACGAAAGAUUCAAUUGAGCUCAAUCAGGAAUGGGGAAGAGAAACGGGAUACAAUUUUGUAAAGCCAAAGCGAGAUAUUGCUCUUCAUCUCUCUGACUCAACGGACAAAAUGCUUGAGGCAGCCGAUGCGGAAAUCAAAAAACUAGAGAAACAGCUCAAUAUGGAAGAAGAAGAGUUCGACCGGCGCAAGCAAGUUCUCAAAGAACUGACGACCAUUAUUGAGUCGCAGCAAGAAAAGCUGAGAAACUAA